UUAUGGGGCUGUAGGACCCAACAUGUAUUUAUAAGUAACAGUUACUCUGGAAUACCUAAUUAUAUUGAAUUGAUGGGGACUUUGCUCUAAAUGUCAGAAGGACUGAUCAACCUUAUGACUGAGAGGCAGCUGGGUCAAACCUAUUUUUCUCAAUAUAAUAGGUUAUACUAUAGACACAUAAACACACAAUUUAAAUAAGUAGUUUAUAAAGUUGUAUUUCUUUUUGUAAAAGUAAAGUUAAGAGGUGGUAGAAUUGUGGUAACUGGAGAAUUGUGCUUGGCAACAGUCUUUUGUUUUGGUGGGAGGAGCUUAGCCAGGCUCUCUCUCUCUCUCCCUCUCACUGACUCCCUCUCUCUGUGGCUGACCUUCAACCUGGCAGGAUCUCUGGGUCCUUCUCCUAUCUUUUGGGGCAUCAUGUGUGCUCCAGGGAAUCAUAAUGGAAGUUAUAUCCCCUGAGGGUCUGCGUCAAGAUGGAAGAACACCUCUUUGUCUGCGCACCAUCAGUUGCAGAUUAGGCCUUUAUGACAGACCUAAUGGCAGUGCUUAUAUUGAAAUGGGCAAUACAAAAGUUCUUGCAGCUGUAUACGGACCUAGAGAGGUGAGAAGUAUCAGUAAGCAACAACUGGAUGAGUGUGUUAUCCAGUGCGAGAUGAGCCGCAUUGCUGCCAGCCAGGGAGAACGGGUCAAACGCCCGAGAGAUCAGAAAACCCGGGCAACUGGUCAACAAAUUGCUGGUGUGUUCCAUGCUGCAAUACGAAAAAGCAAGUACCCUGGGUCACAGAUUGACAUUUUUGUUCAG